ACACUGCCUUAAUGCCUAGAGACUAUUCGGCCACUAUCCAUAUUCAAAUGCAAAGCCCGCCACCUCUCCUACUCUGUUUAGAGAGUACUACUCUCUUCGCUUUUUCUCUGUCAUGGAAGCAAUUCAAAUUUCUCUGCUUUUUCCCCCUUUCCUUUUCCCUUUAGAUGAACUUAAUUUUCCUUUUGCAACUCGAAAGUUCAAAUUCCAUAGAGCAAAUUCAUUGUCUUCAUUGUUCCAACAUGAAGUCCUUAUCUUAUUCUCCUUCUUACUCAUCAUCUUCAUCCACCACAACUUUCGAUGCGACUUUGUGCAAUUCUAAGAGUGCCACCGCCGGAUGUCUAGCCGGCAUCCUUCGCCGAAUUCUAUGCUCCGGUAAACUUCCAAAACACCCUUCCGAUCAUAUCAGUGAAGCUGCCUCGGUGGUAUGCGAUGAGGAUCGGGAAUUGAAGGCCAAGGAGAAAAUUGAGACGGCUGCCACGCCUGGGAUAGUAGCGAGAAUGAUGGGUUUGGAGUCGAUGCCGGAGAUUAAUUGGGUGCAUAAAAGCUCAGACCCAAAUUCGAUUUCACGCAGCCGAUCCAUGAAUUCUGAGAAUCACUUGGCCGGAUUUGAUCCAAUGCAGGGGCAGCAUCGACGAGUCAAAUCCACGUUGUCGUUCCGAGAAAGUCCGACCUUCCUUGAGCUGGAAAAUGAAAACUUCCUUAUACUCAGCUUCGAAAAUGGAGGUGGAAGUAAAGAGUUUAGAUCAAAAGGGAGAAAAUCCGAACUGGGUUUGGGAGAAUUAAGGCAGAGAAGAGCAGAAAGAUGUAAAACCGUCGAAAAUAAAGCAGGGAGGCUGCAGGAGAUGAAGAACAACAACUGCUACGAAGGAGAGCAAGAAUCCGAGAAGAAGGUCUUAGGUAAUUUGAAAGAGCGGGAGAAGUGCAGUAAGAGAAUCCCUGAUAAGCCUAUUGCUAAGGUAGGCAAUAACGGAAAAGCUAAAGGUUCCACUAUUUCUCCUUCUCCUUCAAAAAGCUCCAAUGAAAAAGCACAUGUAGCCAUGGAAGCAGUAAAAACGCCAAUACCCAGUAACCAAAAGGAAGUCUUGAAUAGAGGGAGACCAAGAAAGAAGAAGAAGAAAAUAAAUCCUUGUGUGGUUCAAAAGGUGGAAUCCGAAUUUAGCUCUGAAGAUUCGAGCCCGGUUUCUGUUCUUGAUUCUGGUCAUUUCCUUUUUGAUCCUGCAUUUCCAACAUCAGAACAAGAUUCUAAUUUGGCCGAUUCAAAGUCACGAAGAAAGUUGUCGCCGGAGCUUGAGAAUUGCAAGCAACCAUCUCCAGGAAAGGACACAACUUUGAUUGGUGAUGAGCCAAGAACAAAGAAAAUUGAAGGCAAAUAUCAAGGCACAAAGAAGAAAGCUGAUUGUCACAGUGAAAACUACGAGGAAAUGUGGGUUGAGAUUCUGAGACUGACUGGAGCAGAAUUGGUUGGAUCAAAUUGGGAAUACAGGGGAAUGGGAAAUCAUGGAGAUUUGGAAGCUAUUAGUGCAAAUUUUGAGCUAGAAAUUCUUGAUCAAUUGUUAGUUGAGUUGGUAGGCCAACUAGCUCGACAUCCAUGAAAAUUUUGAGUUGUGUAUGACUCAAAAAGUCACAAACUUUGUAAAUUUCUCGCCUACAAUAAACUCUACAGAGAAUUUUUCCUU